AGACAUGGACAUGAAAAAUACAUCUACACAAAGCUUGCUGAAUUAAAAGUAAACACUGUCGUCAAUGUGUAUGGUGUGGUUAAAUUUUUUAAGAGCCCUUUUAAGACCAAAGGCUCUGAUUUUGUGUGCACCUUGAGUUUAGUGGAUCCAUCACUGCCUUCUUUGGAUAGUUCUUUUAAAUGUGUAUUAUUUUCCAAGUCAAAGGAGGGCUUGCCUUUGGUCAAGGCUGUAGGAGAUGUAGUUCGUUUUCAGCAUCUUGGAGUUGGUCAUUAUCAGGGUGAGCUUCAGGGAAAAUUCACAGCAGAUUCUUCUUGGUAAGUUUUAAUUAACCACGGAUUUUGUUAUCUCUGCAUCCCGGGUCCCUGACGAAAAUAAUUCAAGAAAUGCAUCCCCAUAGUCCGAUGCAAAGAACAGUAACUAUUGAUCGAUUUGAAGAUUUUUUGGUAGAGUAUCCUGUUAUGUGAUUUCUGUGUCUGUUGUUCAAAGAUGCAUAUUUAUUUUAGUCUUUUUUGUGCUUUAAAUAUAUAGAAGGACUGUACUUUAAAUUUAAAACUGUGAUAACAAGAUUUGUCAUCCUUCGUUUUUCUUUUUUUUUUUUAACUGGGACUCAAUGGUUACGGACAGGGACUCACGAUUUUUCACAAGAUGAAUCCCAGGACUUGUAACAAAAUCACUGAUUAACCCUUCAAAUGCUAAGAGUGACCAUGAGCGGGAAUGAUAAUUCUUUUUUUAAUAUUCUUCCAGCAAUGUCCCUACAUCAUGAAAGGAAAGGUUAUCAGAAUUUACAGUAAAUGUUCACUUAAGGGAAAAAAUGCUUUUAUCUUUUAUCAAAAGAAAGAGGAUGGGAAAUUGGAUAGAGAUCACAGGAGUAUUAUUAAAAGGAAGGUGGGAAACACUUUCAUUUGGUCAGUGAUAAAAAGCUUGAUUGACUAGAACUGAUUACUUGUCUUGCUCUUUCACCCAUAUAUUUUUGUUCUUGUGCCGCCCACCCUCCCUCCCCUCCCCCUCCAUGUCCUCCCUCCCCUCCCUUCUCCAUUUCAAGCACUGGCCACUCAGCAGCAAGGGAAUUUUUAUUAUUGUUUUUUCAGGGUUGUGUUUGACAUAAACAGCUCAGACACGCCACAAGUGAGAGCAUCCUCAUUAAAGUCAUACAAUUUGACCGAUGAUGAAAAAAGUGUCCUCGAAGAACUACAGGCAUGGAGUGCACACAAGGAGGCUCUUAACAAAAAAUUCUCAAUCACCAAUCUGAAAGAUCUAAGUACCACUCACCAUUUCAUAAACUUACUUGCUCAAGUGGUAGCCAUAAGGUGGACAGAAAAAGGUGACAUAGUCUUGACAUUAUGGGAUGGAUCCCUUCCCACCUGCCAAUCAGUACUGGUUGAUCCAAUCAGUGAACAUGGGCAAGUCAUGUCUGAUAAACUCAUGCGUAAAGCAUCUAAGCGCUGCAUUGAUGUAAUUCUCUAUGACAACCAUGUCCGAAGCAUUGGUACAAAGGUCUGCCCUGGCGAUUUUGUUUGUAUCAGGAAUGUACAUGUUAAGGAGAGAACAGCUGACUGCAGCAUUACAGUACAUAAUCCUCAGGUAAUUUGUGGCAGUAAAAGGUACAAUUUACGUAACUCACCUAUUGAUGCAAGUGCAUUGGAUUCCCAUUGCCGAACGCAUUAAAUUUAUUAUUAUUAUUUUUUUAACCUUCAAAGGCCUUCAUGAGCUAUCCGCUUCCUACAUGAAAGAACUUCUAACUCUGUAUUGUCCUGCACACAUGCUUCAGUCAUCAUCUUCCUCACUUUUAGCCCGGACUGAUUAUAACAGUGAGGACCUGUGGUGCCAGGGCGUUUGCCAUCUCCGCCACUGAGCUUUGGAAUCAAUUACCUGAUGACAUUAAAUCUAUUGCCAAUUUAACAAUUUUUAAAUCAAAGCUUAAGACCUAUUUUGUUAAUAUCACUUUCAAGAAUUAAUUUUUGAUAAAUUUCAUUUUAUUCAUUUUUUUAAUUUUUUACAACGGAGUGAAUAUUGUGUAAAAAGCAUACAGCUUCUGUAUAUAAAGUGUUAUACAAAUGUACAAUUAUUAUUAUUAUUAUUAUUAUUAUUAUUAUUAUUACAAUUCACCUGUCUAUCUCUCUAACCUCUUGGCUAUUCAUCAUAGACAAGUGGAUUUUGUUGCUGGGCAAAUAAAUUUACAGCUCGGGUAAGGGUCUGGGCAAGUCAUCCUCUACCAAAAGAGAGCUUAAGCAACAACGAAGGCGAUGGCUACAAAAACGUCACUUAAAAAGUGAAUUCGUACCGCUUCAAACUUUAUCGCGCUUAUUCCAUCUCGUUUACUUCGUCAAAUGUUGGCAAAUGUUUUUGGAGUUGAAUUCUAAAGGACUGUAUCAAAGUUCAGGAAAAGAAAAGAAAGUUGUUGUCUUGUGUUCCCGUCCUCGAAAAAACUUGAAUUCAGGCACUUUCACGUUGUAGUCGGGCAACGACGGCAAAGAAAUGCACCAAAAAAGCGCGAUGCACGCGCAAAGUUGUUAUUUUGCUAAUCAAACCUAUUGCUUUUUUGCCGUUCUCGUUGCCGUCCGCGUCGUCGUUGCUUAAGCUCCCUAUUAAUAUCAUUGACUACUUGACGAGCGAGAAGUGGCCCCAGGCAAGCAAAAUGUAAGAGCUGCUUGCCCAAAGGACAAGAUGGAAAUCAAGUAUUUUUCGAGCCAUGCGAUCACCUACUCUUCUGUCAGUGCAGCGGUUUUCACUUAAACCUUUGGGUUAUGAAGCUAGAUUUACACAUACAUAAACCUCGCCCCAUCUACGAGUCUCCCGUCCAGACUCUAGCAUCAGUUAAAAGAACAAGCAUGGGAAAAUACUCUUCGAAGACAUACAAGUAAAUAACUACUCUAUUAAUUUUUUGGGCACUUCAAUGUCACGGUCUCUUUUUCCGAAUGUGGCCGCUUAAUAGAAGAUUGCGUUUUUGUGACUGCAUUAUUACAGUGCAUGUUAUUUUUAAGACUAUUUGCCAUUGUGAGUUUGAGGGUAAAAUGUCGUCGUAUUGUGGCCCGCGGGAGUUUAGAGAGCAUGCAAACUCAGCGUGGUCACUUGUUUGCAGACCUCGUACAUGUGCUUAACGUCAAUGCAAAAAUUGUCUUAUCCUGCGUAGCAAGCGUUUCCGCGCGAGUUCGUCCAGAAAGUUUUGCGCUCUCUCCAGCUUUUCGCGCAAUAAAUCGAUUGGAAGCGCUUGCAACGCAGUCUAAAACUCUCUAGGGUAUAAUUUUUACUCUUUUUUUUACAACUUUAAUCUCCUCUUCUAAUUUACCCUUAAAACGUGCGUUAAUCAAUGUAUUGCUGUCUUAUUUUACUUGCAGUUAGCAGAGUCACGUCCUCUUGUAAGCCUAGAAGUCCACACGGGUACCAUUUGUGGACGCGGUGUUGAAAUUGUUUUAGCCAACGACCCUCAAGUGACUUCAAGUGCAAUGAUGGCAUUCAUGACCAAAGCAGAGGAAUUAAUGAUACAGCAGGAGGAGAGUGAUGCUAUGGACACCUCUGAAAGUGAAGGGAACAAAAUAACGACGACACGGCCCUUGGAUCAGUGCUUUGAAGUACAGGAAAACAGUAGCGCCGGUGAAGAGAACUGUCAAGGUAUAGCCCCUGUUCACAAUAUUGAAAGCCAGGCUCUCCAAACUUCAAUGAAUCCACAACCUCUGGAUCAGUGUGGUGAAGUACAGCAAAAGUCUAGUAGCGCCGGUGAAGAGAGCUGUCAAAAUAUAGCCCCUGUUCAUAAUAUUGAAAGCCGGGCUCUUCAAACUUCAUGCACAAUAACCGAGCAUCCCUGUAUUCCAUUCAUGUCUAUACGGGACAUCAAAGCAUGCAAAACGGUUCCUAACAAAUUCCGCUGCAGAGUUAAAGCUGUGAUAUUCUUGCCAUCGGAAGUGAAAGACUUUGUGCGAAGGUGCUGCCAAUCUUGUAGAUGCAUGUAUAGAGAUUGCUCUGGCUCUUCCAGAGCGACUGGUGCUUCAGAAUCAUCUGUGCUAUGUACCAAAUGUAACCAAGAGACAACUCUAGUCUAUCUGUUUUCCUUUGUUAUUGAAGAUAAUUCGGGAGUUCUCCAGGCCAUGGUCUUCGACAAGGAUGCCGAGACUUUCUUUCCAAAUCUUCCUUCACCACAAGAUUUGGUAGAGCAGACUACUUCCCAGCAUCUUCUGAAAGAAUGGAUGUUAUCUAUGACCCAGAAUCUUGAAAACUCGCUUAAAAUUGUUGCACCUAACCAGUAUGACAUAAGACCGUGGCUAGAACUUUGUAUCUUAUCAUAUAUUCCUGAAAAUCAAGGUCAAGGAAAAGUCCUCUACCGGGUGUUUGAUUCCACAUUUGUUGGAGAUUCUUAG